AUGGGUAAGGUGCACGGCUCCCUCGCCCGUGCCGGAAAGGUCAAGUCACAGACUCCUAAGGUUGAGCCUCAGGAGAAGAAGAAGACCCCUAAGGGUCGUGCGAAGAAGCGCAUCCAAUACACUCGCCGUUUCGUCAACGUUACCCUCACUGGCGGCAAGAGAAAGAUGAACCCCAACCCCGGCACUUAG